CCACUUGUUACUAUAUUUGGUCAAACAUCAGUCAUUCCAAAAGCCACAACGACAACAAUGAAGAUGAAGAAUCUUCUCCUCAAUCCGAUUACCCGACCCAUUUCAAGAAACCCGUUAAUCCUAACCAUAAUCUUCACCUUGUAUCAAACAACCAUUAUAACAUCUUUUCCAAAACCCCCACCAAUUCCAAUCUUACCCAUACCCACUUCAAACCAGCUUUCUUGGCAACUUUCAGAAAUGGCCCUCUUUCUCCAUUUUGGGCCCAACACUUUUACUGACACAGAGUGGGGAUCGGGUCAUGCCGACCCAUCAGUGUUCAACCCGAGUUCAUUAGAUGCAACCCAAUGGGUCAAUGUUGCUAAAGAAAAUGGGUUUUCUCGGGUCAUCCUGACUGCAAAACAUCACGAUGGGUUUUGUUUAUGGCCAUCUGAUUACACAGAUUACAGUGUGAAAUCCAGUCCUUGGAGAGAUGGGAAUGGUGACGUGGUGGGUGAGCUGGCAGAAGCUGCUGCAAAAGAGGGGAUACAAUUGGGGUUGUAUCUAUCUCCAUGGGACAGACAUGAAGUUACUUAUGGGAAAACACAAGAGUAUAAUGAGUAUUAUUUGGCUCAAAUGACUGAAUUGCUCACUAGGUACGGGAAUGUAAAGGAAGUAUGGCUAGAUGGUGCUAAAGGGGAAGGAGAGAAAGACAUGGAGUAUUUCUUUGAGAAUUGGUUUAGCCUGAUCCACCAGCUGCAGCCUGGUUCAGUCAUAUUCUCUGACGCUGGUCCAGAUGUCAGAUGGGUCGGGGACGAGGGUGGUUAUGCAAGCACCACCUGUUGGUCACUUUUCAAUCGGAGCAAUGCUGCCAUUGGUGACACAGAUCCUAAAUACUCUCAAGGUGGAGAUCUGCUAGGACAUGAUUGGGUACCAGCUGAAUGUGAUGUUUCCAUCAGGCCCGGCUGGUUUUGGCAUCCAUCCGAACUUCCUAGAUCUGCCACAAACCUCCUUGAAUUGUAUUAUAAUUCGGUAGGGCGAAACUGUCUUUUACUACUAAACGUGCCACCAAAUUCUUCAGGUUUGAUAUCCGAAGAAGACAUUAAAGUCCUUGGAGAGUUUUCUAACCUCAAAAGAUCCAUAUUUUCAAAUAAUCUAGCCAAAACUGCCACCGUCUCUGCUAGCAGCACUCGUGGUGGUUAUAAUGAUACACGCUUCACCUCUCGUUCUAUCUUGGAAGAAGGUAUUUUUACUUAUUGGGCUCCUAUUAAGAAUCAAUCUCACUGGGUAAUAUAUCUAGAUUUUCAAGAAUCUAUGAGUUUUAAUGUUGUACAAAUACAAGAACCCAUUCAAAUGGGUCAGAGAAUUGUUAAGUUUCAUGUGGAUGUUGUCAAUGAAGACGGUGAAUGGUAUAGAGUUUUUAAUGGGACCACGGUAGGUUACCGGAGGAUACUACGCUUCCAAACUGUGAAAACUAAGAGCCUACGGCUUGUUAUUGACCAGUCUAGGGCAGACCCGUUGGUCGCUUAUUUGGGAGUUCACAUUGAUACAGUUUCUAUAAUUGGGAGCAAUAAGAGUAACACUACCACAAGUUUUAAUGGCAGUCAUCUUCAGCAAAAGAUUGUAUAUAAUCACACACAUAUUUCUUCAAUGUAGUUUUUUUGUGAACUGUCAUGUGUUCUUUGUAAGAGAAGGAACAAAACUGUAACAUUUUCAAUAUACAUUACCAUUCUUUGUUUAAAAAGAAAAUACCAUGAAUCAAGUUAUCUUGAAGUCUUGGAAAAGGCAAGCAACCAUAGAGACUUAUCUAUCAAUUUCCAUUUGGAGAUGAAGAUCUGUAUGUGAAGUCUUUAAUGGUAUGGUGUAAAGUUGUAUGCUUCAA